AUAGCAUGCAGUGGUUUAAGAAUUAAGUUAUUAGGUGCAGUAAUGGCUCCCACUCGAAUUGGCAUCGAUCUGACCGACUCUCCGCUGAAAGUCGGCGGCCGGGUGAUGGGCCAGUACAUCGUCGUCGAAGGAUCGAAGGGAUUGAAACUGAGGGGGGCAGCUGCUUCGACAACAAAGGAAGAAGUGGUGGCGACUUUGACAGAUGCCGUCGACGUUGUUAAGGGCUCUUUCGGCGCUCAAAACUUUGACGCUGCCGUUAUAGUGAUUCCUAACAACACGGAGCAAAAAGGCCAAGAUGACAUAAUCUCCUACGGGAGGGGCCGUGGCUUCAACAUCACGCAAGUAAUCAAAGAACACACCGCCGUUUCUGCCGUCUAUGUCAAAAAUGUUGAACAAAAAAUCUCCACGAACCUCGCCAUCAUUUCUCUGACCGGUGGCAUCUUCGAAAUCAGCGUGGUCUCCAUAGUUCCCCCAUCACCUUUUAUUGAUAACUAUGAAUUCGUCCUGCGUGCGUACGAAACUCAUCCUGAGGUGAUCGACUUUGAUGAGCCGUCGAAGGAUCAGAAGGGUAGUAGUGGGAGUGGAAUAAUAGGAAUUAUUGGAGGAGCUGCGAAGGCUCUCGUUGUAGACCCAUUUGAGAACGUUUUGGGUAUUCUGAAGAAUAUACUGGAGAGUCCAAAUAUCAAGAAGACUGAGGCAGAUAAGCUGGUGUUCGUCGGUAAGGCGUCAAUGUCGGAGAAAGUGAGAAGGCGGUGAAAGAGAGUUUCAGCAAGGCUGAGGUGUGGGAAGCUGGGAUAGAUAAUCCUGAUGAUGAAAUUGUGGCGUAUGGUGCUGCGUAUCUGUCUUAUAAGGAUAAGAAGAUACCGAUGCACGAUUCAAAUUUUUCAGAAAUUCCUGAGGACCUAGCAGGACAAGACGAAUUCCCAGAAAUUCCUGAGGACCCAGGACAAGCCGAAUUCCCAGAAUCGGCACCUGUCAGAUGAUCCUAAUGUUGAUCUGGCUGGGUGCACUAUUGGGUUCCCAAUGAAUAUAUCGUAUGUGGACAUACAGACAUGUCUAGCUAGUGUUAAUUAUAAUAUAUUAAUGUGUCUCUUUGCUUUCAAAUAAAGGAAAGAUCUCCACCCCGAGAGAUUAUUACGUGCGGUAUUUGAGUCGUCCGGAGGUGAAUUAGAAUGUGCCACAUCACCUGGAUGCAUUGGGUCCCGGGUGGCAUGGCACAUCUGGAUUGACCUCCAGAUGAAUCCGGAAUCCGGAUGUAAUAAUUUUUCCUCCAGCACGUGCAUGGAUGGGGAAGGCGGUGCGUUCGUACCUUUGUAUGUUUUUUUUUAUUUUCCUGGCUCGUUUAUGUCCUUCAUUUUGUGUACUACGUACCAUAUGUUCAAUGUAUAAGUCAUUUGUUGAGUGGUAUGUCUUUUAUCAUCUUAAUGUAUUGUUAAUUGUUGUAUUCUAUCUCUAUCUAAUCAUUAUUGAUGCAGCAAUCUGAAAUUUUGUAGUGAUUUUCUAUAAUAUUUGAUAUAUGUAAGGAAAAUUCUCAUGAAU